CCUGGCUUCGCAAUCAUUGACCGAAAAAAAGUCUGUCAAUCUCAUUCUUCAUUCUUCAUGCCACGACCCUUUUGUCUCUCCCUGUGAUUUUUUGCCUCGCGACGCCCAGACUAUCACCAUCAGCGAUUACUCCCUAACGAAUCGAUUUUUCUUCAUUUUAACGAAUGCGAUAAUAUCACGAUUCGAUUUAUAUCGAUCACCCAAACGGUAUCGCUACGAGCUGGGGUCAGCGCUGCACUCUGCCACCUUUCGCCCAGGGCUCAACCUCCAUCAUGACUCCGCCAACUGCGAAUCUGAACCUUGACGUUGAGGCGAUCUCGGGCAUUUGCGGUUCUAUUUCUAUUGCCUGCUGGGGUAUGUCGCUAUGACUGGUCUCAGCCUCGGAACAACACUAAUCGCAAAUAAAUAGUUGUCGUGUUCUCUCCUCAAAUCAUUCAAAAUUUCCAGCGCAGCAGUGCCGAUGCCCUCUCGAUCCAAUUCAUCAUUGUCUGGCUCCUCGGCGAUGUUUUCAACAUUCUGGGUGCCGUCCUUCAGGGCGUUCUACCGACCAUGAUCAUCCUCGCCAUCUAUUACACGAUCGCUGAUAUCGUCCUCCUGGGCCAGUGCUUCUACUAUCGUGGUUUUACAUGGCGCGAUGCCCCGACCCCUGCUGCGAAGCCGAACACCCCGGCCCCUGGUGAACCCAACGAGCGCACUGGUCUGAUCGCUCACGAUCGUCAUGAGGAGCGCCGCGGCUCAGACUGGUCUGGCCUGUCACCGGCUGUUCCUCACAUCGCCGAAGAUGCUACUCCUCAAACCCCUACUAUCCUUCAGACUGUGGUCUGGAACACCAUCGUCGUCUUGAUGGUCAUCGCAGCUGGUGUCGUUGGCUGGUUCUUGGGUCAGAAGACUUCUACUGGCGACAAGCAUGGCGACAAUAAUGCUGGAGGCGAGGAUAGCCUUCACUUCAGUCUUUCGGGUCAGAUCUUUGGAUAUCUCUGCACCGUCGCAUACAUCGCUUCUCGUCUCCCUCAGCUCAUCCUGAACUGGAGGCGCAAGACGACCGACGGACUGAGCAUGCUCUUCUUCCUUUUUGCAUGUCUCGGAAACAUCACUUAUGUCUUGUCCAUCUUCGCCUACGAACCUAAGUGCAAGCACGAUGAAUGCCGCCCUGGUGAGGCCCGUCAUAUUUACGGCAAAUACAUCCUCGUCAACCUGAGCUGGCUCGCUGGCAGUCUCGUUACUCUGUUCCUCGACUUGGGUGUCUUUGCUCAGUACUUCAUGUACAGCAAGCCAGAGAGCACUGCUACGCCCACUCGUCGACGAAUCAACGACAACGUCACCGAGGAAGAUGAGUACGAUGACGAUGAGAGUCUCAACGAGGACAACUGGGACCAGCGUCCUCUACUCCAGAGAGGCGACUCUGUCUACCAUCCAUGAUCUAAAUUCUAACUUUUGAAAGGCUCGCGCCUGAUAUGACAGUUUUUUGUUUUGCUUUUUAUUUUCAUUUGUUCUCAUAUCUCCCCUGACUGGUUGGGGCACAUAUAGGAUCGAACAAUGGCAGGCGUUUACUGUUGGAUGAGAAGAGAGAAAAGAAAAAGGAAAAGGAAAAGGACAAGGAAAAGGAAUCAAAAAUAAAAAUCAGCAUCAGGAUUGGGUUGCUAUCAUGAUGGAGUUGGGAACAUGCGAAGUUUAUUCAGAUUUUAGAUCGAUUCACCUCUCAGGGGUUAGGUUUGCUCAUAACAUGAAGAUAUAAGUCUACUUUGCAUUCAUAAAGUCGCCAGUAUCUCAACACAAAACGAACUCCUUUUCCUAAUGGAGUUUGAGGGCGAGGGGAAAUAUCGGCAAGUAGCGAUGAAAAGUCAAAAACAUUAUUAUCAUCGGACUUAGAGACUGCUCCGCGUUCCUUUACCGUUCCUUCUAAUUUGUCUAC